AUGGCGAGGCGAAAGCCAAGUCCAGUUCCAGCUCUGCCGGUGCUCCAUGUCAAUGAUGACUUUUCACCACCUGGGUUUGAACCCAUACCAGUGGUGCCCCAGCCCGACUACCCCUUUCCACCAGGGUUUGAACCCAUGGCUGAGGUGCCACAGCCCGUCAAUGACACCUUUCCAACAGGGUUUGAACCCAUACCAGAGGUGUCCCAGCCCGACAACCCCUUUCCACCAGGGUUUGAACCCACUGCUGAGGUGCCCCAGCCCGUCAAUGACCCCUUUCCACCAGAGUUUGAACACAUACCAGAGGUCCCCCAUCAGGCGAAUCAUGGGUUUCCUCCUGCCGGAUUUCAACAAGGGCCACCCUAUCAGGCGAAUGGGUUUCCUCUUCCACCCGAUCAGGCGAAUGGGUUUCUUCUUCCACCCGAUCAGGCGAAUCAUGGGCCACCACAUCAGGCGAAUCAUGGGUUUUCUCCUGCCGGAUUUCAACAAGGGCCACCCCAUCAGGCGAAUGGGUUUCCUCUUCCACCCGAUCAGGCGAAUCAUGGGCCACCCCAUCAGGCGAAUCUUGGGUUUCCUCUCCCUGAUCGUAUGAUUCAGAUCGAGCACGCCGGAGAAUUCAUUAGGUGGAGUACAAAGAAGAAGAAGAAGGGCUGA